GGAAAGCCUGAACUAAACAGAUGACGUCUUGUAGAUGCAGCGGGUUGGUGGAUAAUGACAGGGGCAUCCUGAACGCCAGUAAGCGAGCGGACCAAGUGGGUCAUUUCCUGUGGAUCGGCUCCGACAGCUGGGGCGCCAAAAACAGUCCCAUCCAGCACCUGGAGGACGCCGCGGUGGGAGCCAUCACCAUCCUGCCGAAGAGGGCCACCAUCAGCGGGUUCGAUGCCUACUUCACUUCGCGGACUCUGGAGAACAACAGGAGGAACGUGUGGUUUGCUGAGUACUGGGAGGAGAACUUCAACUGCAAACUGAUGAGCUCCUCCAAGAAGGACGAGAGCAGCAGGAAGUGCACAGGUCAGGAGCGCAUCGGCAUUGACUCCAAGUACGAGCAGGAGGGGAAGGUGCAGUUUGUGAUCGACGCCGUGUACGCCAUGGCCCACGCUCUCCACAACAUGCAGCGUGACAUGUGUCCCGAGAACUCCGGCAUCUGCCCCGAGAUGGAGAUCGCCGGGGGCAAGAAACUGCUCAAGUACAUCCGCAGCGUCAGCUUCAACGGAAGUGCCGGUACGUCGGUGACGUUCAACCGUAACGGCGAUGCUCCCGGGCGCUACGACCUGUUCCAGUAUCAGUGGAACAACGUGACCGGGCUGGGCUACCGCAUGAUUGGACAGUGGACAGAGACACUGCAGCUCCAUAAGGAGGACAUGCAGUGGCCUCGAGGGGAGCAGGAGAUUCCCACCUCCGUGUGCAGCCUUCCCUGUAAAACUGGUGAGAGGAAGAAGGUGGUGAAAGGCAUGCCCUGCUGCUGGCACUGCGAGCCCUGCGACGGAUACCAGUUCCAGCCCGACGAGUUCACCUGCAAGCUGUGCUCCUACAACAUGAGGCCCAGCGCCAACCGCACGUUCUGCCAGCCCAUCCCCAUCAUAAAGCUGGAGUGGCACUCGCCCUGGGCGGUGAUUCCGGUUUUCCUGGCAAUGCUGGGCAUCAUCGCGACAAUCUUCGUCAUGGCUACGUUCAUACGGUACAACGACACGCCGAUCGUCCGGGCAUCUGGCAGGGAGCUGAGUUACGUCCUCCUGACUGGGAUAUUUCUGUGCUACAUCAUCACGUUCCUCAUGAUCGCCAAGCCAGAUGUCGGCGUGUGCUCGUUCAGAAGGAUUUUUCUUGGUCUGGGGAUGUGCAUCAGCUACGCCGCCCUCCUCACCAAAACCAACCGCAUCUACCGAAUCUUCGAGCAGGGCAAGAAGUCUGUGACGCCGCCGAGGCUGAUCAGUCCCACCUCGCAGCUCGCUAUCACCUCCAGCCUCAUCUCGGUCCAGCUGUUAGGGGUGUUAAUCUGGUUCGGGGUGGACCCGCCCAACACCAUCAUAGACUAUGACGAGCAGAAGACCCUCAACCCCGAUCUGGCUCGAGGGGUGUUGAAAUGCGACAUCACAGAUCUCCAGAUUAUCUGUUCGUUGGGUUACAGCAUCUUACUGAUGGUGACGUGUACUGUUUACGCCAUAAAGACCCGCGGGGUCCCGGAGAAUUUUAACGAGGCCAAGCCCAUCGGGUUCACCAUGUACACCACCUGCAUCGUGUGGCUGGCCUUCAUCCCCAUCUUCUUUGGCACGGCGCAGUCGGCAGAAAAGCUGUACAUCCAGACCACCACGCUGACCAUCUCCAUGAACCUCAGCGCGUCCGUGGCCCUCGGCAUGCUCUACAUGCCCAAAGUCUACGUCAUCAUCUUCCACCCGGAGCUCAACGUGCAGAAGAGGAAACGAUCCUUCAAGGCCGUCGUCACGGCCGCCACCAUGUCGUCCCGGCUGUCGCACAAGGCCAGCGACCGGCCCAACGGAGAGGCCAAGACGGAGCUGUGCGAGAACGUUGACCCCAGCAGUCCAGCAGCUAAGAAGAAGUACGUGAGCUACAACAACCUCGUGAUCUAACGGCGCUCCUCCGUCACUGCAGAGCGAGAUGUCUGAUCUCCUGCAAGAAGGACGAGCAACGGGAGAAAAGCGGCGACGUGCAGGACUUUUUCUUUCUCUUCUUUUGGUCUCAUGUGCUUCACUGCCCAUCGGAGACGUUCAGGUGCAAAGCGGAGCGUGGUGGGACGACCUCUGAACUCUGACCCCUCCGGGUCGAGAAAAGCUCCAGAAAUAAAAAUCUAUUUGUUUUGUCGUUGAAGCGAUGCCAGUGGUUGUGAGGUAGAAUGCGGCGGAUGCAUUGGCGGACGCUGCGGCGACGACUGGGCGGCGACGACGGGCUCCACGCCGCCGGUGAUGUCAAACGAAGCGCGAGCCCGCCCCCUCGUGUCUCUUUAUGUACUUCCAAACUGCAAGUUCUCACCUUCCUGUCCGCGUGUGUAGUUCUUUAUGGCUUAUAUGUCGGCCUCUUUCUGUUGGUUUGAUUUCUGUUGGUUUGUAAGACGGCUGCGGUUGCCAUGCUGACGACAGAUCUACUUUGCUUCUCGCUUCUCGGUUUGGUUUUAUUGAAGCCAUAUUCUUCUUCGCUCGGAGAUUUGGAGGGCUUCGCUCGCGCUGCCACCUGGACUCAGAUUUUUAUCCUGCAAAUGUGAGAAAAAAAAGUUUUAAAGCCUCUGAAAACUUCAACAAACCGUGUUUAUGAACCUGCGACUCGCUCGGCUCAUUUAGUCCUGACUACACAUCCCAGAAUCCACUGGGCUGCAUGCAGGAAACAGAGCUGCAGGGUUGAAGGCAGCAGAGAAUUUUACAGUGCCCGCUCUGGGAGUGUCUGCUGGCCGCAGUUAGCCACUGUUUCCAAAUCCACGUUAGCCUCGGAGCGAUGCAUGCACCGUUCUGACCCCAGUCCUCUUACUCCACCCACACCCCUGCGGGUGGAGUACGAGGACUUAUUUUAUUCUUUCUCAUUCCAAUCAACACUUGGACCUGGCCUGUUCCGUCUAUCAGGGACCAAAUAUGGUUUUAUUAUUAUUGCUUACGUCCGUGUUGUUGGCCUCUGCAGCCCCGCCCUCAGCCUCUUUUACCAGCUACUACAACGUUUGCCCAUCACAGUUUAUUAAUUAAAAAAUCUUCAUGGUGGGAAAUCAGAGUUUAAACAAUGGAUGAAAUCCAAACACAGAGUGUAAACAGUAAAACAGAGUAAAAGAGAUUCUGUGUGUUUAACGAAUGAAACAGUUGAAGCCUUUUGGAGAGUCGUGCUCCAUUUUUAUUUGCUUACACGUCGACGAUCUGAUGCUCUGAAAGCAGAAGUAAAACUUCAGUCGUUAAAACGAAGAAAAAAAACGCCGAGACCUCCUUUACCCUCUGCUUCCUGUUUGGACCUCAGUCACGGCGGCCUGUAGACGGUUACUCGCUCGUCUGCAGACUAACCACCGAGCAGAUUAACGAGGUUUAUUCCAGGUGAGAAUCAGCUGAAUGAACCCAAACUGUCAGUGUUCUGGAGAAACGGCGUUUUCAGAGGCUUUAACAAAGACAGCAGCAGGUCUGAGGGAAAUCUGACCGUUCAGCUGGCCGUGACGCGGAGCCAAAACAGUUUUUAAGUGUUUUUAAAGCCGUUUGUGGUCACAUGAUGAAACAUUCCCUCCCCAACAUGCGUGUUCUUCUCCACACACUGUUUGUAGGUGUUUGUUUGCGGCGGUGGGGGUGAGGGGGCGGACCCUUACCCCGAGGGAGCCUCCUUCGGUCCAGGCUGAAUCUCUGCUGAUUUCAUGGACUAAAAAAAACAACUAAAGGUGUCGAUGUCGAGGUUGUCAAUGCAUGCCUGAUAUGUUUGAUGUUGAACCAGAAAAAAAAGUUCUCUGCCACAGUCGAUCCCACCUGUCUGCUCCGAAUCGUCCGUUCUUCGGUUCCUCGGAAACGUUCUCGCUCGGCAGAAUGCGGCUUUGAUCGGUUUCUUAUUCCCUGCGGGAGAAACACACGGAGAAUAUAUAUUUAAAAAAGAAAAACACUUGUUUUAAAAAAUGGAAGCAUGUAUGUUUUCUACUGUUUGUACUUGGUAUAUUCAUGUUGCCCUUGCUGCUUAUGUGCCAAUGUUGUGGGAGAGAUUUACAUUUGGCCACUCAUGCAACUAUUCUGUGGUGUCGUCCAAGAAUGUAUCAAC